GGAGCUAAUCAAGUUCCGAUUCGAAAACAAAUGGCUAUGUUCCGGCAGGAAAGUCAGUGAACGGACUUCACCUCGGAGAUUUUGUGUCCAUGAGAAUAUGCUUAUGUUUAACCUUCUGACUUCUCGUGAGAAUACUGACGACAAUCAUCAAAUCCCACGUCUAGCAGUACCAGAAAGCAAAUUCACUUCCGAGGUGUUUUGAUCUCCAUACUGUAGAAUAUCGAAUUAACUAUGACUACCAACGACAACACUAACGACCAGUACAAACCUUUAAAGGUAUUGAUAGCGGGUGGUGGGAUUGGAGGUCUCUCAGCAGCGAUUUUCCUACGGCAAGCAGGACACAUUGUGGAGAUCUUUGAACAGUCUCGCUUCGCAUCUGAGACUGGUGCAGCAAUACACAUUCCAAGCAAUGUGAACGGUCUGCUAAGAAGGUUUGGCAUGGUGCCAGAGGAUCAUGGCGCAAAUCAGACAGAAUGGGUAUCGGAAUAUCGACCGGACGGAGAAUUGGUAUUUUCCAAAGAUGUGAGAGGUCUAUCAAAGGUCUUUCCAUACCCUUGGCAAUUUAUUCACAGAGUAGACCUUCACAAUGCACUGAAAGACAUUGCUACUUCCACAGAAGGCAAAGGAACGCCAGCAAUUCUGCAUACUCGAAGCAGGGUUGCGUCUGUUGAUGUUGACACUCCAUCUCUAACUUUGGAGAAUGGAUCUACUCACACGGGCGAUUUCAUAAUCGCUGCAGAUGGCAUUCAUUCAAAGAUCAGAUCUUUACUUUCGAAGGAUCUUCCGCCGCCAGAGUCAUCUGGAACCAACGCUUUCAGAUUCUUGAUUCCAAUCGAUGAGAUUCGAGCGGAUCCUAAGACAGCACAUUUCGUUGAGAAAAAUGGACAGCUACUCCUACUUUACGGAAAGGAUCGAAGACUAGUUGCGUAUCCAUGUAGAAACAAUACUUUGUUAAAUUUUGUGGCACUGCAUCCGGAAGAAGAAACGGAAGCUAGUUCAGAAGAGUGGAGUCAAAGUGCAUCCAAAGACACCCUGUUGAGUUGUUACACUUCAUUUAAAGAUGAUGUCCAAGCCCUACUAGCCAAAGCUUCCGCUGAAGAUAUCAAACUGUGGAAUUUACUGGAUCACGAGGAAAUGGGGAGAGAAAAUUGGGUUCACGGGAAAGUGGCACUCCUUGGGGAUGCAGCUCAUGGAUUUCUUCCACACCAAGGACAAGGCGGUGCCCAGGCAAUAGAAGAUAGUGCAGCAAUUGGAGCUUUGUUUCCUUUGGGUACUCGACCAUCUGAAAUCCAGCAACGUUUGAAGCUUUACGUCCAAGCCAGAUACGAUCGUGCUACACUCGUACAAGACUACAGUCGCCAAGCUGCGUUUAAGACUGCUCGUGGAAAGCAUGGAGGAGAGGUUAUAGAUCCCAUGCAAUUUAUGCAGACAAACCUAUCACAUGAUGCUUACGAUCAUGCGCAUGGAAUUUUGAUUCGGGAUUUGAACAAAAGCGCUCUGUACCGAAGGAUGCCAAUGUCCUUUGGGCCUAGUCCAGGCCCAAGACAAGAUCUCAAUGGAAGACAAAGAGGGGUGUUGAAGGCGACAUACAAAACAAGUUAUAUCACCUUCAAAACAUACAAGAGUUAUCUAUCGACUCUUUUGCCAUCCGGUGAUUUCCAAUUUAGUACAGAGGGUAUGUGGGCAACUGCCACAUUUUCAGUCACACGCUUGGGAAAUCUGGAGUGGCUUGGAGGUCGGGGAUAUUCGCUGCUGGGGUUAUAUGUUCAUGAUAUCGUACAUAAGAAUUCCUCGGACAGCAAUUCUGGUGAUUCGGCCGAAUUGAAAGGUGAUUUCCUACCAGUUCUCUUCGAAAACAUGGCCGAUCCAAUCAUCACUGGCCGAGAAGAGUUAGGCUUCUCGAAGGUCUUCGCAACUUUGGAUGAAAAAACUAGCUCUGAAUCGUCGUUCGUAUUGAGUGCUGGUUGGGAAGGUACCGAAUUUUGUCGCCUGACCUUGAAUGAUUUGGAGGAGACUCCAGAUGCUGAGUCUGCUCUUCAAAAUCCGGUUUUACAUUAUAAGGCCAUUCCAUCAAGUAUGAAAAGGGGACAAGAUGCAGAGUACGCGACAACUUAUCCUUCAAUACCGACAGCGGAGGGAGAAAGGAGAUGGAAGGCUGGAAAGGCUGAAAUUGUAUUUACGGAUCUGGAAAAUGGGGAGUUGGAAAUGGCAUUCCCAACUCUAGCGAACAUAAUUAAGGGAUUAAGGGGUGUCAAAGUUGUAGAGGUCGUAAGAUCGGGAAUUCAAUCUUCCUGAAUCUUAGCUCAAUCUGUCUGUCAUAUUUAGUUAUUUCAAUCUCUUUUCAUCGGAUUCUUGUACUGCUUGUAACGCUAUAGAGAUAUCGACAUUAUCUUCUGUAAAAUUCAUACAAUUAUUUCA